AUGUCUAUAAGUGAGGAGCAGCGCCCACGGUAUGGAAUCACAAUCCAUGAUCUGCAACACCUUUCGGAGCUGCAAGGGAACGCGGCCGUCGCAGAAAUUGAGAAGUUUGGAGGAAUCGGAGGGCUGUGCAGGCUGCUGCGAACAUCCCCCACUAGAGGUCUCAGUGGGAUACGAGCAGAUUUGGAGAACAGAAGGAAGGUAUUUGGUUCCAAUAUGGUACCGCCGAAACCGCCAAAAACAUUUCUUCACCUCAUAUGGGAAGCUCUCCAAGAUGUCACCCUCAUUGUUUUAGAAAUUGCUGCUUUGGUGUCAUUGGGUCUUUCAUUUUAUCCUUAUAAGGAAAGACAGGAAGUUGGUGUCACAGUCGAUAAGGAUGAGUCUCAUGGAUGGAUAGAGGGCUUGGCCAUCCUUCUGUCUGUGACAGUGGUUGUACUUGUGACAGCAGUCAAUGAUUAUACAAAGGAAAAGCAGUUUCGUAGCCUGCAAAAGAAGAUUGAAAUUGAACACAGAUACACUGUGCUAAGAGCUGGUAACAUCCACCUGAUUCCUGUACGUGAUAUUGUUGUGGGCGACAUAUGCCAGGUUAAGUAUGGUGAUCUCCUUCCAGCAGAUGGUAUUCUGAUACAGAGCAAUGACUUGAAAGUGGAUGAGUCUUCUCUGACUGGUGAAUCGGAGCUUGUUAGGAAGGAAGUGCUGGUUAAGCCUAUUCUGUUAUCAGGAACUCAUGUGAUGGAAGGCAGUGGUAGGAUGUUGGUAACUGCUGUUGGAGUGAAUUCUCAGGCUGGAAUAAUUGUCAAAUUACUGGGAGCUGCUGCAGAUGAAGAACUUGUGCAGGGACAGAACCAGAAGAAGAAGAAGAAGCAGGAGGAGGAAGAAGAAGAAGUGGAGGAGGAGGAAAGUAAAAUGUCAGGAAACUGCCAUCUGUGUGCUUCCUUUGCUGUCUCUGACAGAAUUACAAUGUCAUCGGCAAACUUCAAAACCAAAAAAGAAGGACGUCCAUUGACAUCGAAGAAACAGAAGUCUGUACUGCAGGCCAAACUGACAAGACUUGCUGUACAGAUAGGAUAUGCAGGCUCAUUUGUUUCUGCAAUGAUAGUAAUUAUACUGGUCAUGCAGUUCUGUAUCAGAACGUACAUCAUCGAAAAAGAGCAGUGGAAGCCGUCACAUGCCAACGAAUUUGUGCGACACCUCAUCAUUGGCGUUACAGUGCUGGUAGUCGCUGUGCCUGAAGGUCUGCCACUGGCUGUGACUCUGGCUCUGGCCUAUUCAGUUAAGAAAAUGAUGUAUGACAACAACUUAGUGAGGCAUCUAGAUGCAUGUGAAACAAUGGGAAAUGCAACUGCAAUUUGCUCUGACAAAACUGGAACUCUCACCACUAACAGGAUGACUGUGGUGCAGUCAUUUGCAUGUUCAGUACUUAGAGCAAAGGUGCCACCAUUCUCAGAUAUUCCAGCACCUGUUGGCAAUCUGAUUGUUGAAGCUGUAGCAGUUAACACUGCCUACACAUCGAGUGUGCUGCCAGCAGAUAGCCGUGGAGGUCUCCCAAAACAAUUUGGUAACAAGACAGAGUGUGCACUUCUGGGAUUUGUGCUGAGCAUGGGAAAAGACUAUGAGGCCAUAAGAGCUGACAUACCAGAAGAAAGUUUCACCAGGGUGUACACGUUUAACUCCAUACGCAAGUCCAUGAGUACGGUCAUACCAAUUGCAGGCGGUGGCUACAGACUCUUCUCGAAAGGUGCUGCAGAAGUCUUGCUCAAUAAAUGUUCCUUUAUUUAUGGACGCAAUGGUAAACUGGAUGUUUUUACGCAUGAAAUGCAACAAAAUGUGAUUCGUCUCAUUAUCGAACCAAUGGCACGUGAUGGCCUGCGUACAAUAGCUCUAGCAUACAAGGACUUUGUGCGGACGAGUGCUGCAAAGAAUGACGUGUAUAUAGACAGUGAGCCAAAUUGGGAUGACGAGGACUAUAUUGUCAGUGAUUUGACGUGUCUUUGUAUUGUCGGCAUUCAGGAUCCUGUUAGAGCUGAGGUUCCAGAAGCCAUACAGCAAUGUCAACAGGCAGGGAUCACAGUCCGUAUGAUAACAGGUGACAAUAUACACACUGCGAGAGCCAUAGCAAUGAAGUGUGGCAUCAUUCAUCCUGACAGUACAUAUCUCGUCAUGGAAGGGAGUGAAUUUGACAGACGAAUAAGGGACAGCAGUGGAAAAGUCAGCCAACAGCUGCUGGACCUCGUGUGGCCCAAUCUCAGGGUACUAGCACGGUCUUCACCAAAAGACAAAUACACACUGGUUAAAGGUAUGAUUGAGAGCAAGCUAUAUCCAAACAGGGAAAUAGUUGCUGUCACCGGAGAUGGAACCAAUGAUGGUCCAGCUCUGAAGAUUGCUGAUGUCGGGUUUGCUAUGGGGAUUGCAGGAACAGAUGUUGCCAAGGAAGCUUCUGAUAUCAUUCUGACAGACGACAACUUCAGAAGCAUUGUGAAGGCCGUAAUGUGGGGGCGGAACGUUUACGACAGCAUCGCCAAGUUCCUGCAGUUCCAGCUCACUAUAAACAUUGUUGCUGUUGUUCUGGCCUUCACUGGUGCCUGCGUCAUUCAAGCAAGCCCUCUCAAGGCCGUGCAGAUGCUGUGGGUCAAUCUGAUCAUGGACACAUUAGCGUCACUGGCACUCGCCACAGAUAUUCCCACUGUGGAGCUCCUCAAAAGGAAGCCUUACGGGCGCACGAAGCCUCUCAUUUCCCGGCGUAUGAUGAAACAGAUUGAAUCCCAAGUGGUGUACCAGCUUUCAGUAACUCUUGCACUCCUUUUUGUAGGAGAUAAGCUGCUGGAUAUCCCAUCAGGCACAGGGAGUCAUGAACCCACCGAGCAUUUUACAGUAAUAUUCAAUACAUUUGUAAUGAUGGCUCUGUUCAAUGAAAUAAAUUCCCGAAAAAUCCAUGGUCAGAUGAAUGUAUUUUCUGGAAUGCUUCAAAAUAAAAUUUUCUGUGGCAUCUGGAUUUCAACAUUCAUAGCUCAAGUUGCGAUUGUCCAUUAUGGCUCGGUAGCAUUUUCGACAGUCCCUCUGGCACUCGACCAGUGGAUGUGGUGUUUGUUCUUUGGUAUUGGGGCAUUAGUAUGGAGAGCACUGAUAAACCCAAUACCUACAAGGAUAACAGCAAUGACACUACUGCGGGUUCGUGGCAGGCACAAAGCUCACCAUAAGGUCCUUCCGAGCCCGAGUGAACCGAUGCUUCCUCGGAGUCGGGUUUUGUGGCUUCGAGGGAUUUCAAGAAUACGCACUCAGAUCAGAGUGGUGAACGCUUUCCGUGAAGGAGUGGAGAAGCACGUGAACCUGGAAGACCCCACAAUAAUCGAGGCCCUGCAGAAGCACGCGACGUACUCGAGGCGACUGUCAGCCAGUUUCUCGGUGACCACAUAGGGGCGGCAGAAUGGGGCACGAGCAACCGGCCAAUUGUUGGCACGUGGGGCAACAGCAGCGUGGCUAGUGGUGCUCUGUGGGAUGUGACCUCGCAGUUCCACUGCAGGUGCUGUUGUGCUGUCGCGAUGAUUUGUGCAUCUCGUAUGAGUGUUUCCCUAUGGAGACCAUUGUUGUCUGCUUCUCUGAGUCUGCAAAUGGAUGACAUUUGGAUUUCACUAAUGACAGACUCAGCUUCAUUUAUCACAGAUCAGAUACUCAGUGACAGUGAACAGUGUGCUACACAGGUUCAAAUUAUUAGAUGUUUACUUUCUGUGAUGGUAGUGAAAGUUGAGACAGCUGUUAACGUUUGACUG